CUUAUCUACAAACUAAACUCUCUCUCUUAGCUGGUAUUUGGUAAUAUCGGAAUAUCACGCAAAACCUCACCAGAUAGUGAUCUUGUCCCUCCACGCGAUGCAACUCCGGGGUAUGUGUGCUCCACAAAUCCGAUGUAGAGCUAGCAUGGUACACCCGGUCUGGGGGCUGUGACGUGCGUUAACCAGUUGGAAAUUCCCCCCCUGCCAUUGGCCCCCGAAAACCAAUUCUCCGGGCUCGCUCAUAUUCCGGGGCACCUAACUAGCUGCCGAAAAACCCGCUGCAAAACUCUGCGCUUCGCUUUAGGCCUAUAUCAAAACGUUCUCUUUCUGUUGUUUAGCCGCCCUCUUCUCCCCCCUCCCUUCUCCACACAUCUCAACAUGCUUUCUUUGCGUCGUUCUGCUUUAACCUCUAAGAAGCAAUUGGCCCGUGGCUUCAGCUCCACUGUGGCCCGUUUGCAAACCAUCGGUGACAUCGAUGGUGCCAAGGCUGCCUCCCUCCUUGGUGAGAACUACCACAUCGUCGACCACGAGUACGACUGUGUGGUUGUCGGUGCCGGUGGUGCCGGUUUGCGUGCCGCCUUCGGUCUUGCUGAAGCUGGGUUCAAGACCGCCUGUAUUUCCAAGUUGUUCCCAACCAGAUCCCACACCGUUGCCGCCCAGGGUGGUAUCAACGCUGCCUUAGGUAACAUGCACAAGGACGACUGGCACUGGCACAUGUACGAUACCGUCAAGGGUUCUGAUUGGUUGGGUGACCAGGACGCUAUCCAUUACAUGACCAGAGAGGCCCCAGAGUCCAUCAUCGAGUUGGAACACUUCGGUCUUCCAUUCUCCAGAACUGAGGAGGGUAAGAUCUACCAGAGAGCUUUCGGUGGUCAAUCUAAGGAGUACGGUAAGGGUGGCCAGGCCUACAGAACCUGCGCCGUCGCCGACAGAACCGGCCAUGCCUUGUUGCAUUCCUUGUACGGGCAGGCCUUGAGACACAACACUCACUUCUUUAUCGAGUUCUUUGCCAUGGACUUGUUGAUGCAUGAAGGUGAGUGUGUGGGUGUGAUUGCCUACAACCAGGAAGAUGGUACCUUGCACCGCUUCAGAGCCCACAAGACCAUCUUGGCCACCGGUGGGUACGGGAGAGCCUACUUCUCCUGUACCUCCGCCCACACCUGUACCGGUGACGGGUACGCCAUGGUUUCCCGUGCCGGCUUGCCAUUGCAGGAUUUGGAGUUUAUCCAAUUCCACCCAUCCGGUAUCUACGGUUCCGGCUGUUUGAUUACCGAGGGUGCCAGAGGUGAGGGUGGGUUCUUGGUCAACUCCGAAGGUGAGCGUUUCAUGGAAAGAUACGCCCCAACCGCCAAGGACUUGGCCUCCAGAGACGUUGUUUCCAGAUCUAUCACUAUCGAAAUCAACGAGGGCAGAGGUGUUGGUCCGGAAAAGGAUCACAUGUUCUUGCAGUUAUCUCACUUACCUCCAGCCGUGUUGGCGGAAAGAUUGCCAGGUAUCUCUGAGACCGCCGCCAUUUUCGCCGGUGUCGAUGUCACCAAGGAGCCAAUCCCAAUUUUGCCAACCGUCCACUACAACAUGGGUGGUAUCCCAACCAAGUGGACCGGUGAGGUUGUUAAUGUCAACGAAAAGGGCGAAGACAUUGUCGUCCCGGGUUUGAUGGCCUGUGGUGAAGUUGCCUGUGUCUCUGUCCACGGUGCCAACAGAUUGGGUGCCAACUCCUUGUUGGAUUUAGUUGUCUUCGGUAGAGCCGUCGCCCACACCGUCACGGACACCUUGCAGCCAGGCUUGCCCCACAAGCAGGUUCCAGCUGACAUCGGUAAGGAGUCCAUUGCCAAUUUGGACAGGAUGAGAAACGCCACCGGCUCCAAGCCAACCGCCCAGAUCAGAUUGGCCAUGCAGAAGACCAUGCAGAAGAAUGUUGCCGUCUUCAGACAGCAGGACACCUUGGACAACGGUGUUAGAGAGAUUAACGCCGUCGACGAGACGUUUGAGCAUGUUGGUACUACCGACAGAUCCAUGAUCUGGAACUCCGAUUUGGUUGAAACCUUGGAGUUGCAGAACUUGUUGACCUGUGCCACCCAGACCGCCGCUUCCGCCGCCAACAGAACCGAAUCCAGAGGUGCCCACGCCAGAGAGGAUUACCCGUCCAGAGACGAUGUCGAAUGGAUGAAGCACACCUUGUCUUGGCAACAAAACACUGGUGAUAAGGUUGACUUGAAAUACAGAAAGGUUAUCUCCACCACCUUGGAUGAGAAUGAGUGUAAGUCCGUGCCACCAGCCAUCAGAUCUUACUAAGGAUCCGGUCCCAUCACAACAUUCACUUCAUAUCUAGACCCGACUUAUGUACAUGAGGGUCGCCUUUUUUCUUGUUAUGUCUUGCACCCUGGUGCUCCCAUAUUAUUUAUUAUAUAACAUCC